AUGAUUUGGGAAGGCUCAAAGAGGAAUCAACUGAUUCUUGGAACCCCAUUCCUUGCUACAGCUGGAGCGGUCCUAAACUACUUUGGGAAUCAUCUAUCUUUUGGCCACAUCCGGCAAGAUAUCUUUUUCCCAAGUGUAAAUUUCAGGUCAGUGCCAAGAAUCAACUCCAUCUUACUUCCAACCUUUGAUGAAUAUGGAGCUGAAGAGGAGACUAAUGGUGCACCUAAUCUCUUUCACAAGAUAAGAAUCUUUACACCAAAAGAUUCGGAGCUUAAAGGUGACCAAUCCAUUGAAGAGAAGCUUGAGAGAACUAUGAAGCUUUUCCCCAAGGCAUUGGUUUUCAAAGAUGAUGUGAGAGAUGACUAUGGCGCGACAACACCACCACAAGAAUCCACUACACCGGAGAAUGGAGAAGCUAAAGGGAUCCUUUGCCCUUCAGCCACUCUUCACCACGAUUGA